ACUUCCGCUCGGUCACGUGACAGCACUGUUUCCGGGUAUGUGUACUUUGACUCAUGUGAUCAUAUGGCAACAGACAUGGGAAUAGAAACUUACUGUGACAGCUCACGGUAAGACUGGUAAACAUAGUGUGUGAUCCAAAAUGCUCCCAUCCUCCUGUGACACCUUCGUGGCUCUGCCCCCCUCCACUGAGGGACAACGCAUCAUCUUUGGGAAAAACUCUGACAGGCCUUGUGAUGAAGUCCAGGAGGUGGUGUAUUUUCCUGCCAACAACUAUGUUGCAGGGGAGAAAGUUGAGUGUACAUACAUAGAGAUUGAGCAGGUGGCCCACACUUAUGCAGUUGUGUUGAGCAAACCAGCCUGGCUGUGGGGUGCAGAAAUGGGCGCAAAUGAGCAUCAAGUGUGUAUUGGAAAUGAAGCAGUGUGGGGCAAAGAGAGUGCAGAUGAUGAUGAAGCUCUUCUCGGCAUGGAUCUUGUCAGGCUCGGACUGGAGAGAGCCAAUACAGCUGAAAAAGCUGUGGAUGUUAUUACUGAGCUGCUGGGGAAAUAUGGCCAGGGAGGAACUUGCAUGGAGGAUGAGAGCAGCUUCACCUACCACAACAGCUUCCUCAUCUCAGACAGGAAGGAGGCAUGGCUGCUGGAAACAUCUGGGAAGCACUGGGCAGCAGAGAGAGUGGAAGGUGGAUAUUGCAACAUCUCGAACCAGUAUGGCAUAACCACUAAAAUAGACAAGGAACACCCAGAGAUGAGGGAAUAUGCACGGAGCAAGGGCUGGUGGGACGGAAAGAGUCAGUUCAACUUUGCCACGGUCUACUCCUUCAUGACUACAGGCAGGAUAGAAGCCUCUGGGGGCCGGUACUGUGAGGGGAAGAAGCUGCUGCAGAAGAGCGACGGUCACAUCACUGCUGAGACGAUGAUGGCUAUCCUGAGGGAUAAAGACAGUGGCAUCAACAUGGAGGGCAUGUUCAUGUCGACAGGAAGUAUGGUGUCUGUGAUACCCACGAAUCCUGCUCUGCCAGGGGUCCACUACUUUACAGCGACUCCAGACCCUGAUAGGUCUGUAUUCAAACCUUUCAUCUUUGUGAAGAAUGCCAACGAGCUGAAGGAGACGACUUCUCCCAGUUACGGUCCAGAUGACCCCGUAAAGAAGAAACCCCGCUUCCAGAGCAAACCUGACCGCAAACAUGAGUUGUUUGUCAAACAUGAACUGGUGGCUGCCAUCAUCGAGUCCUACAAGGACAGAGGAAGGAAGAUCACUGAAAGUAUGAGGCAGCUGGAGAAGUUGAAGAUGACACAGAUGGAGGAGUUUCUCUCACAUGGUAUUGAGGAACCAGAUUUAUUGGCGGAUCUGUUCCCGAGGUCUGUUAAGGAAGAGAUGGCUGUGUACGGCAAGAGCUGAAACCACAAAACACGUCUUCAAACAAAAGCGACAGUAGCACUAGCUUUACCUUUUAUUUAGGUGCAAGUACAAUCAUGCUUGUAUCAUAAAUCAGAACACACUGAAUAGUAAUUAACAUUUUUGCUUAAAAAUUAAGCAGUUAAGGAUGCUGAGGCAGUAAAAUAUACAUAUGCCAUGUUGUACAAUCUGAACUUAAGCACUGACCAGAAAUACAGUAAGGAACAAAUUCAUUAUGUGGUUCAUGUUUUGAGGGUUCUGCAAUAAAAUGUAUUAAACAAACAAAACAACAUAAUAAUAAUAAUAAAUAAAUAAAAACAAAUGCCUUUGA